AUGAAUAUGACCGGCAUGAAUCCUGCAGCCAUGGCACCAGGAGGGCCUGUCGGUGGUGGAAUGAUCAUGAUGAACAACGGCAGCCCGGCUACACAAGUCAACAUGAGCAGUUCUCCAGAACAAUUGAAGGCUCAGUUAAACACCUACAUCUACGAGUACUUCCUCAAGCUUGGCCACUAUGACCUUGCCCGAAGCCUGUUGCGUGAGGAAAAAUUCGAAGUCCGCACGAAGCCGCCGGUCAAGCAGAGCCCCGGCCGACGCAAAGAUGUUGAAGUCAAUGGUGUUGACGGAGAUGCCAUGGAUACAGAUGUAAAAGACGACAUUCCCGAGGAUCUUCCCCGCCCCAUGCAUGUCACCGACGCCAACACUCCCGGCAUCGGCUUUCUGUUCGAAUGGUUCAGCAUCUUUUCGGACCUGUUCACUGCGCAUCGUUCUAGCAAGAUGCAGGGUGGCCAGGGCGGUAAUAUGGGGCCAGCUGCUCAGUAUUUGAUACAGCAUCAGAAUAUGCAACGCAUGAGAGAAAACCAGCAAAACCAGAACCUCACUCGACCUGGCAUGAUGACCGCGAACCGAUUUGCCAUCCAGGCUAAUUUACGCAACAACGUGGUAAAUGGGAACAAUAUGGCGAACAAGUUUACCCCCCAGCAAAUUCAACAGCAAUUCAAGCAGCAGAUGCUUCAGCAGCAACAGCAACAACAGAUGCAGCGAGAACAGGGCGAUGUGGACAUGAACGGCCGCGCCUCGUCGCCGGCAGAGGGCGAGAAUGGUGGGUCGCCGUCCAAGAGACCACGACUCGAAGGUCAACAGUUCAACGGUGGCAUUAUGCCUAAUGUGCGGCCAGGAAUGCCCAACGUGGCACCUCAGAACAUGAUGAUCCAGAAUACUUUCAAUCCCAACAUGAAUAAUGCCCAGUUCCGACAAAAUGGGGGCAUGCCACAAAAGCCCAUGCAGGCUGGGAUGGCUAAUGGCAUGAUAAACAUGGGCAAUGCGGGUUCUCCUAUGAUGCAGGGCAUGAAUCCUCAAUUCGACAGCAAUAUGCAGAUGGAGAUGUACAACCAAAGGAUGGCUGGCCAACAAAUGCCAGGCGGUCCGGGUGCCGGCCCAGCUGGGAACCACGCUCUUCAAGAUUAUCAAAUGCAGUUGAUGCUCCUUGAACAGCAGAACAAAAAGAGAUUGAUGAUGGCGAGACAAGAGCAAGACAACGCAGUCAACAGAGACGGCGGUCCAGGCGGGCCCAUGAUUGGCAUGCCACCCGGUGGCAUGUCGCCGUCAGGCAGUCGGACGGGUACAUCACCUAACCCAGUGGAUCAGAUGAAGCGCACACCACAGCUAGGAGGUUUGCCCGGUUCACCCUCAGCCGGCGAUAUGGCAGGAAGAUCACCUGGCGCAAUGAACUUCAUGAACGGCAUACAGGGCUCCGACUUCAACCCCAACAUGUUUAUGAAAGACAAUCAAGGGAUGGUGCCCGGUGCUCCAGGUAUGAGACCUCCCACGUCCAUGGACAUGCAGGCAAACAUGGCCCGUCAACAACAAAAUCGGAUGGGUGGCCAAUUUCAAGGUGGCCAGCCAAUGGUACAGCAACCAUCUCAGGGUGGAGGGCCGCAACCGAUGGGCACUCCUGGGCAACGAAACGAGAUGCCACCUCCUCAAGCACCGGCAGGGAACAAUGCCCAACGCAACCAGCCUGGAUCUCCGCAGAGCGGCAAUGCUCCGCCGACUCCAUCGACCACUAACAAACAGAACCCCAAGAAGAAGGCUAAGGAGGAAGGAACCAAGAAACGCCCAACCAAGAAAAGUUCGACGGCUGCUGCUCCAACAUCUUCGGAGAAUGAACCUCCAGCCACGCCGACACCCUCCACUCCCAUCACUCCGGUACACCCACCGGGCUUCAACAAUUCGGCCGGCAAGGGUGCCGCUGCAGGUAUGCCGAAUCCGAACCAAGCUCCUCCACCAAACGCGGGCAUGCCUCCCAAUCAACCACAAAUGCACCAGCCAGAUCUCACACAACCCAAUGCUUUCACCGACUUCAACACGGACCAAAAUUUCAACUUGGAUUUCAGCAGUUUAGAGAACAGCGAUGUUUUGGAGAACUUUGACUUUGACAGUUUCCUGAACACGUCCAACGAGGACACAUUCAACUUUGACAACGCCAUGGGAAUAGGAGGAGACUUUGGGGUCGACACCACCAACGAAUAG